GGAAGUAGGAACGGCAUCGUUUGCUUCACCGGACGUUCCACGCAUAUGAUUGAUUGACCGGUUGGUCUGCUCGUUCGUUUGGUCAACCGUAGUCAAAUUGCUCUUCCAUACGAACAAAGAGUUUCAAGGGUGUUUCUGGUUUGGUGGAAUCUGACGUCCGACGAAGUUGAGCCUCUUAAGUUUCCGCGGAUUCUUGAAAUUUUUUUCUUUUAGCACUGUGGGAACUGCUGAGAAGAAGCUGAAGCGACAAGUUUCGACACUUGCUCUGGGUCAUGGUGUCGACUGGGUCUCUGUGCUUAUUUGGGUUGAUUUGAAGAUUCAUGUCGUGAACUCUUUUCCGGGUAAAUCCCGAUUGCGGGUCUUGUUUCUUGUAGUUUUUUUCCUGCUUUAUCGUAUCCAUUCGCAUUGCGGGAUUCCGAAGUUGGACUGUCUCCGAAAUAACUGUUGUUCUGGUGCACUCAGAAUUUUAUUUGUGGAUUCGAAUUCGUGAUAUGGGGAGUAAUGGGGUGGAGCACUCGCUUGAAGAAUCAGGGGAAGGAAUUAUUGGCAGCGGCAAGGAAGUGAUCGCGGAUUUGCUGCAAUUAGGUGGUAGUGAUGAAUCUGGGGCAUUUCAAGAUGCUGGCUCUUCUAUGGAGCAAGAAGACGGGAAGAUUGGUUCUGAGAGGUCAUCAUCAGUUUUGGAGAUUUCUCGAUCAGAUGAUUCCAACGUCCAUUCUUCAGCUCGAAAAAUUUGUGGUUGCAGGUUUCGAUCAUUGCAUCAGUGCUCCUACCGGACAUCGAAGAAAUAUUCAACAUGAUAGUCAGGAUAUUACAUUUUACAGGUCCAUGACAGAGAGAAAGGAAACUUCAAGGCACAAUUUGUUUGACAGGCUGUCAGAACGUGAAAAGAAGAAGCUCAUUAUAGAGCUGGUCAAAAUUCAAAAUGAUGGCACGGUGGAAGUUGAUUUAACCAAGAGCGACAGCAUGGCUUCAGAAUUGCUGGAGCUUCAUUCUGUUGAAUCAGCACCUAUCAGUGUCGAUGAUUCUAUCGUGGACUCAAACAAAUCGAUUCCAAGGUUGAAAAUCACCAUUCUUAUUGUUGGAACAAGAGGAGAUGUGCAGCCUUUUUUGGCUAUGGCCAAGAGACUUCAGGAAUUUGGUCAUCAUGUCAGGCUGGCUACUCAUGCCAACUUCAAGAGUUUUGUGAGGUCAGCUGGUGUAGAUUUCUAUCCUUUGGGUGGUGAUCCUCGAGUUUUAGCAGGAUUUAUGGCCAGAAAUAAAGGUUUCAUCCCAUCCGGGCCAGGAGAAAUAUCUAUUCAGAGAAAACAGCUGAAGGCUAUAAUUGAAUCUCUUCUUCCAGCCUGCACAGAACCGGAUGCAGAAACUGGAUUGCCUUUUAGAGCUCAGGCAAUUAUCGCAAAUCCUCCUGCUUAUGGACAUACACAUAUUGCGGAAGCUCUUGGUAUACCUCUUCACAUCUUCUUUACCAUGCCAUGGACGCCGACAUAUGAAUUUUCUCAUCCAUUGGCUCGUGUGCCUCAAAGAGCGGGUAACUGGCUUUCUUAUGUAAUCGUCGAUCUCCUGAUAUGGUGGGGUAUAAGAGGCUACAUUAAUGACUUCAGGAAAAGGAAGUUGAAGCUAGCUCCUAUUGCAUAUUUUAGUACAUACCGUGGAUCAAUAUCUCAUUUGCCAACAGGAUAUAUGUGGAGUCCUCAUCUUGUGCCUAAGCCAAGUGAUUGGGGGCCGUUAGUUGAUGUUGUUGGCUAUUGUUUCCUUAACCUCGGGUCGAAGUAUAAACCUCAGGAAGAAUUUGUUGAAUGGAUUCAAAAGGGACCAAAACCUAUGUAUAUCGGGUUUGGGAGCAUGCCUCUUGAAGAUUCCAAGAAAACUACAGAUAUCAUAAUUAAGGCAUUAACGGAUACCGGACAAAGAGGGAUAGUUGGUCGAGGAUGGGGUGAUCUUGGGACCCUUCUGGAUGUUCCAGACAACAUUUUUCUUUUGGAGGAUUGCCCUCAUGAUUGGCUGUUUCCCCAGUGUUCAGCUGUGGUUCAUCAUGGUGGUGCAGGAACAACAGCUACUGGACUAAAAGCUGGGUGUCCUACGACCAUAGUUCCUUUUUUUGGAGAUCAGUUCUUCUGGGGCGAUAGAGUCCACCAAGGAGGCCUUGGCCCUGCACCCAUACCAAUCUCCCAGCUCAGCAUCGAGAAUCUUUCGGAUGCCAUAAGAUUUAUGCUACAACCUGAGGUGAAGUCUCGGGCGAUAGAAAUAGCAAAGCUGAUAGAAAACGAGGACGGGGUGGCGGCCGCGGUCGACGCGUUUCAUCGGCAUCUGCCCCGAGAGCUUCCCUUGCCGACUGCGUCCUCGGACGACGACGAGCCUCCCAACCCUUUCCGGUGGGUGUUCCUCCAAAUUGAGAAGUGGUGCUGCUUGCCAUGUAGUAAAUAGGGCCUCCUUUGAAUACAUUGAGAGUGGGUGUAUAGAUAGAUGUCAUUCCUUUUUGUCCCUCUAAAAAAAAAUUUCUUUCCCAAUUUUAUCCAUAUCAUUCAUUUCAUUCUUAUCAGGGUUUGGCUGACCAUUGUAUUCAAACCUAGCCUAAGAUUGAUUUUGCCACUGCUUUUGUAACAUGACUAGGCCUUAUUUGAACUGUUGUAUUGUAAUGGAUGAAGGUUGAAUAGCAAAUACACAUUUGAUGAGAGCAUGUGAUAGGAAGAUCAUGUCCAUUGGGC